AAGAGCGAAUGGCUAUUGGAGACCAAUGAACAGCUUCUGAUACAAAUUUCCAAAGUCUUCUGUUCAAAAUCCCAGCAUGGAGACUUUGAAAGCUUUCUCCAGGGACUCCAACGAGAGCCAAGAUAAAGAACUGCCCUCCUGAGAGGUUGACAAGGGAGGAAGAAUGGGGUACCUUCCGUGGCAACCCCCUCAGAGAGGAGGGCCCUGGGGGCAGCUACCCCUCAUUACAGGCUCCGUCUUCCCUGCCCCCACCAACAGCCCGGAAGGAGAAUGAACCUUUGAGCACCGACAGUGUUCGGGGCACCAGAGAAAAGCUUUACAUAUCUUAUCCCAUUGGACUGUCACAGCAACCUUAUGAGGUCAGUGCUCUUACUACUCCCAUUUCACAGAUGAGGACAACUGAGGUUCAGAACAGUGAAAGUGCUGCCUUGCGUCACAUAGGCAAGUAAACAGCACAAAGCUGAGGUUGGAAUCCAGGUCUGAGAGCCUCUGGGUCCUUUCCCCUCAGAGCCACACUGCCUGCCACAGACCACUGUGUCCCCACAGGUACAAAAAUGACAUGCGAAUCGAUCCCCGCCUCUUUCCCGCCGGAAAGUACCGAAUCACCAACAACUAUGGGCUGCUGACGCUGGAGAUUAGGAGAUGCACCCUUGAGGAUGCAGCCACCUACACGGUGAUGAUGAAGAACACCUAUGGCCAGGCCUCGUCCUUCGCCAAAGUCCUUGUCCGAACUUACGUGGGGAAGGACGCUGGCUUCGAUUCGGAGAUCUUUAAAAGACUGAUGCUUGGCCCCAACGUGGAAUUCACUUCGGUGCUGAAGCCAGUCUUUGCCCGAGAGAAGGAGCCCUUCUCCCUGUCCUGCUUAUUCUCGGAAGACGUGUUAGAUGCUGAGCAGAACAUCCAGUGGCGCCGAGAUGGGAGACUACUGAGACCCUCAGGACGCCGGCAGAUCCUCUACGCAGACCGCCAGGCAUCCCUGAAGGUGUCCUGCGCCUACAAAGAGGAUGAGGGGCUCUACACUGUCCAGGUCCCUUCCCCCUUUGGGCUCCAGGAGCAGAGCACCUAUGUGUUCGUGAGAGAUGCAGCAGCCGAGAAGCCAGGGGCCCCAGGCUCCCCUCUGAAUGUCCGAUGCCUGAAUGUGAACAGAGACUGCCUCAUCCUGACCUGGACCCCACCCAGCGACACCCGGGGCAACCCCAUCACUGGCUACUCCAUCGAGCGGUGCCAGGGCGAGUCUGGGCAGUGGGUGCCCUGCCACGAGGCCCCCAGCGGGACCUGUCGGUGCCCUAUCCAAGGCCUCCUCGAAGGCCAGAGCUAUCGGUUCCGGGUGCGAGCCGUCAGCAGGGCAGGCAGGAGCCUCCCCUCCAAGGCAUCAGAACUGGUUGUCACGGGCGACCCUGAUGAAGCCCGGAGAAAGAAAGAGAUCUCCUUUGAUCUGGGAAACAAGAUCACAGUCAGCACAGAUGAUUUUGAAGACUUUGUGACCAUCCCCUCGCCCCCCACCAACGUCCACGCCAGCGAGAUCUGUGAUGCCUAUGUGGUUCUGAGCUGGGAGGAGCCAAGGCCUCGGGGCAAAGCCCCCCUGACAUACACCCUGGAGAAG